GGCCCCACGAGUCAGCGGAUCCCGGGCCGAAUCGGCGACACACUUCGCUUCCGUGAUGCCAUUGUGGAACAACAGUCCAGUGAUGCUCAGCUUGCCAAGCCUGCGCCUAAGGACCUUAAGACGGCGCCCAACAUCAAGCAGCUGCAAACUUCCUUGAUUUAUGUUCGCAUCCCUCAGGCUUUUGCCCCUGAGCAAACGUGGAAGGACUUCAAAGCCGGGGCCGAGCGUGCCUCGAUGAAGUGGUCCAGCUCUCAACAUGUGCAGGGGAUUGACUCCUUUGGCUGGGUUGAGGAACAGUUGCGAAAUGCUCCGGGUCGCCAGCUCUUCGGCAUCAUGCGAGUGCCAACUGCUGAUGUUGGCACUUUGCUGGGAGUCUCGGGGCAACGAGGAGUUUUUGUAGAGCCUGCCAAGCGUGACAUUCACCGCUUUCGUAGUGAGUGGAUCCCCAGGUUGUCCAAACAAGAAUCGCAUGAGCUUUACAUGCAACGAGCCCUUCGGGGCGCGCCUGCUUUGGGGCUUUCGGUGUAUGGAGAGCGCAUUGCCUGGAGACAUCCUUUGAUCGAUGGGGAGGUGCUGCCCCGUGUCUGGACCCUCGAUGGUCUCCCGGGCACUGUCAAUGCUCAGGACAUGCUACCGGCUCUUGAACAAGGCUUCAAGGAGAUAGCCCUAAUGCAGGUUGAAGCGCGGCAAAAACCGUUGGGUAAGAAAGCGGUCCCGUUUGUGAGCGCCAGCAAGCAAACUAGUCUUGAUGCCAAGCCCAGCGCGGCCGCUGCCACCGAGCAGAACGAGCUUGACGAAAACGGCAAAUCCGUUCCAAGUGCCAAGCGCGCUCGCGGGGCUACUCGCGAGGUGCCGGGCGGCUUGCAAAGAGAAGCCUGUGCUCCUGAUGGCAAUUGCGCCUAUGCCUCCGUCGCCGCUGCUCUCAACUGGAUCCAGCAGAAGUCCGGGACCGAUGCUUACAACCACCUUGAGUUACGUGCUCGAGUUGCUUCCCAUUUGACCAAACACGGUACUCAAUACGAACCAGAAUGGGACAAAGUGUUGCCAGAUGGCACCCAGGACAAGUCCUGGCAGGAUUAUCUGCAUGCCACGGCCCAGGCCGGUUCUUUUGCUUCCGAGCUCGAGCUCCGUGCCCUCGGUCGGAUCUUUGAUCUCCGGAUCCUCGUGUUGCCGGCCUCCGACUGCUUUAAGCCCAUGGUCUUUCACACGUCACAGAAGAAAAGGUUGGCGGUGCUGUGGUUUCAAGAUAAACACCUUGAGUUCCUGAAGCCCACGGGUGCAAACAGCUGCUGCAAGGAUUACCCCGAGGAAUUCUGGCAGGUCACCGAUGGGCCGGUGCGUGGCCUUCGGGCCGGGGGCAAGGCUGCAUCGGCUCGGGUUUCCGGAGUCGGGGUCCGAGGCGACGCCGAUGACGACAGUCAGGACUUGUCGGGAUGCGAGGAUGCCGCCACGGCGAAUCUUCAGCAGUACAGACAAGUGAACACGAAUCACUACAAGCGUCAUCAUGGGGGUGCCACGCUGCCGGGGCCUUUGGUUCGUCCGAGGGUUGGUAAGGAGGUCCGAGCCUCGAUCACCAGACAUGUUUUCUCUGCCAUGUGUGAGGAACAUCGUCGGAUGAGCCACCCCGAAGUUCCCAAGCCUGAGUGGACCAAGUUGAUGAAGCAAAACCACCCGGGGCUCAAAGAUCCCAAAGGCAUGCAGACCUUCGUGUGGCCGAUUCCGGUUUUCGCUAAGACUCCUGGCAACAAAAAGAAAGGGGAGUGCAAGCGCACGAUUCGGCGCAUCUCUUUGCAGCAUGCGUGGAAGGUUGAAGCUACGCGGAAGCGGAGACAUGACAAGCUCGAGAUCAUGCGGGCCUGGGUUCGUGAUCAGGUUUCCAGAUGCACUGCAGCGAUCUCCCCAUGCAUCAAGUUCAUCCGUGCAAUGACAGCCAAUCUCUGUCGCACUGGCAUCUCCAAGACGGCUGUCGUUGAUGCGUUUGCGGUAGAGCACUCUUUUGAUCUUUUAGCGCUUCAAGAGAUUGACGUGAACCACUUGUCUUCACCGGGUUAUGUCGCGGAAUGGCGAGGCAAAGGCUGCACCGCUGUUCUCAGUCCGAUCGAUGCUGCGACUCGCUCUCACAGAGUCGCCCUUGUGUCCCGUGUGCCUUGCCGACCGGUCAAACUUGAAGGAGUGCAGGCCAGCAGUCGUGUCGCGGCUGGGCUCAUCGAAGCAAAGCGUCACGAUCAGUUUGAGCAUGUGCUGAUUGUUGCUGUGUAUGGCUUUCCAGGUGAUGAGGCCGCCACCGAUGCGUUGAUCCGUGAGCUGCUCCAAGCUGGGCAGGUGCACGCAUUGGAUGAUGCUUCUGUUGAGGCGCAGGUGCCCACGAACCCGCUUCGCACCCGCCGCAUCGACUAUGGACUUUCGCACAGACGCCUGUGGGCGGACGACAUUUUCAACAUGGAUACGUGUUUUUCGGACCAUAAGGUGGUGGGUUAUAAGCUGGCGGUUACUUUUCGCACCGAGGUUUUCAGGCCGCCCAAAUUUGCCGAGCUUUCUUCUUGUGCUGCUGAGGAGGUGAGCAGGGAGUUUGAGCGAUGCUGGCAGCCGCAGGCCUUUAGAGGGUUUCUUGAACGCCAGGAUAUCGACGCGGCCUGGGCCCUUUUGUCGGACACGGCGGAAGCUGCCAUGGCUACCGAGCCGGGCGGGGCCCUUAGGAGUGCGGAGUGGCAGCCGUCUCCGCAGGCGGCCCGCCCUCAGCUUGUCAGCAGUGCAGGCCAUGAAUCCUUCACGGUGCGCGCUUUACGACGCCUUGUGAACCAACUUAGUCAGUUGAAGGCCAGGCCCUCGGACCCUUUUCUGCGGCAGCGGAUAGGACGGGGUCUCCGGCAGCUUCGUUCGAAUUUCCAGGGUUUGCCUUUCAUUAGCCUUGACUCCAUAGAAAACGUGCUGGAAUGGGCGUCUUCGCUUCUUCAGCAGAUAACCGAUCAGGAAAAACAGGCGGCCAUUGCGCGAUGGCAGGCUCGGCAGCGCGACGAUCAGGUUGCCACCACGGCAUGGGUCAAGCGCAAAGCCGAUGAAGCCGUUCNNUUGGCCCCCGAGGACUGCCGCACGGUGCACCCUUUCUCCUUCUUGCAGCAGGAGGCGGCGAUCUGGAAGGAUAAGUGGUCCCGCCAAGAGCAGGGGCUGAAUUAUGAUGCCAUCGCCACGGCUCUCCAGGUCCUUCCGGCGGUCGAAGGUCCGUUUUCAGACCCAGUCACCUUUGAUGUCGCAGAGAUGCAGCGCGCCGCUCGCUGCAUGCAGCACAAAGCUUGUGGCCCUGACAGUUGGUCGGCCAGGGAUCUGCUUAAGUUACCCCUUGCCUGGUGGCGGGCUUUCACCGAGCUGUGGCGGACCGCGUACCGUCUUUCGCGUAUUCCACGUCAGUGGAAACGUGUCACAGUCGUGCUUAUCCCUAAACGGGGUGAGGAGAGCCGUCCUAUCGGUCUCUGCGCCAUUGCUUGGAGAAUAGGAGCAAAAGUUGUGAACUGGUGCCUUCGUGCCUGGAUCCACAGUUGGCUCAGCAGCGACACCUUAGGAGCGGCCCCCGGUCGCGGCACCCACGAUGCCCACGUCAGGUUGCAGCGUGCCCGUGCCAAUGGAGUCCAACACUACGUCAAACAAGACUUGUCUAGUUUUUUCGACACCAUUGACGUGCGGGCAGCCACGAUGCUGUUGGAACGGAUGGGGGCGCCCCCUGGAUUAGGUGCUCUCAUUUCCGAGUUUUACCGCUCGCAGAGGCGCAUCUUCAGGAGCGAGCGCUACUACACCUCCGGGUGGACCGAAGUGUCAAGGGGGGUGAUUCAAGGGUGCCCUUUGAGCCCCACCGUAGCCUUAGUUUUCGGUCACCUGUGGAGCCGGUUCUGUGCCACCCCACAAACUUGCAGACUCAUCUUCAUUGAUGAUAGGGUGCUCUGGCCGAAGCCAGGGACUCUUCAAGUUGAUCGAGCCCUUGCUGCUGCCCUGGAUAAAUGUCGGGUGUUUGAUNNUUAA